GCCCAUCCCAAUUGCUAAACUGACAAGUCAACCACAAGUCAUCUCUGCUGUCAAUUACUACUCUCCUUUAGUAUUGGCCUUCUUGUUGGAUCAUCUCUCUCUCGAUUGAACAAUGCUCUUUACAGUUGCAAGCGCAUUCAUGUACGCGGAGAAUAGGCAACUUGUGGAAGUGUUCCCAGAAAAUGUAAGAAAAGUGUGGAACGAAUGGGAGCUGCGUGUAAUGAUGCUUCUGAGCCUCACCUUGCAGAUAAUACUUGUUCUGCUCGGAGCCCGGAGAAAGUAUGUUUGCAGGACUUCGAUCAGAAUCAUCCUUUGGUCCGCCUACUUAAUGGCCGACUGGGUUGCAAUCGUCGCCCUUGGCAUCAUCUCCAGAACUUAUACUACUAGCCAACAACAAUGCGAAACAACGCCAGCUGGAGGUGUUGAUAUGGAGAAUGCCACCAACGAGCUGAUGUCGUUCUGGGCACCGUUUCUUCUGCUGCACCUUGGAGGUCCUGACACCAUCACGGCUUACUCUCUGGAAGAUAACGAGCUCUGGUUGAGGCACCUGCUGGGACUGGUGGUUCAGACUGCAGUGGCACUCUAUAUCUUUCUCAUGGCCUGGCCUGGUUGUUCUUGGUUUCCAGUUUUGAGCAUUCUCGUGCUUAAUGCCGGUCUCAUCAAAUAUGGUGAGCGAACUUGGUCACUCAGAUGUGCAAACAGCGAGCAUCUUCGUGACUCCAUGCUCACUCCCCCUGAUUCAGGCCCCAAUUAUGCCAAAUUCAUGGAGGAAUUUACUUUGAAGGCGGCUGAGGGGUUCCAUGUUGGGGCGGAUGAGGUAAUUGAAACCCCAGUUCCUGCUGACCAAUAUUAUCCUAAUUAUCCUGAUGCUGAUGGUGCUGGUGUUGAUAAAUUCAAACUCGAAGCAUACCGUUUGUUCCAGACGUUUAAGCGUCUGUUUGUAGAUCUCAUCCUCAGUUUCCAGGAUCGGGACAAGAGUCAAUCCUAUUUCCGGGAUCUCACUAGUAAAGAUGCUUUCCAUGUGAUUGAGGUUGAACUCGGAUUUGCCUUUGACAUUCUCUACACUAAGGCACCGGUGGUGUAUACUGUUGCAGGCUGCAUGCUUCGCCUUGUGAGCUUUUCUUCCACUUUAUGGGCGUUGAUAUUCUUUGUCGCACUAUCUGACAAGGAUAGCUACCACAAAAUUGAUCUAGCAAUCACAUACCUAUUGAUGGUGGUGGCACUUCUCCUGGAGAUAUAUGCAGCCAUUGUUAUGCUCGACUCAGACUGGACGGAUUAUUAUCUGUUGGAUUGGUUGAGUAGACAUAGCAAAUCUCGCAACAUCUUCUCCUGCUUGCGACAAUCCAAGAAACAGUACUGGUGGUCCAAUUCAAUUGCACAGUACAAUUUACUGAGCUUUUGUCUCGGAGAUAAGCCCCCAAUUUGCCAUGGAGUCCAAAAGCUCCUCCGGAUCAAUGAAUUUCGAGAAAAACACCGUUAUAAGACCUAUAAAAACCUUAAAAAGGAUCCUUUCAACUUGAAAGAACUGAUCUUCACACACCAAAAGGAAUUUACAAGCAGCAGCACGGAUCACAGGCCACCCAAAGCUGAAGGACAGCAAAGCACAGGAGAACAAGUUGAAGAACAGAAGAGGUUUAUGAGAGGUAGUUUUGUUCUUAGGAAAUACAAUAAUUUUACCUCAAUUGAUUGGGCGAUAGAUAUGGAAUUUGACCAAAGCAUUCUUAUUUGGCACAUUGCUACUGACCUCUGCUACUAUACGGAUGGUGUGCUGAAAAAUCCAGAUUUGCUUAAAGUUAAAGAAAGCAGCAAGCAGAUAUCAGACUAUAUGUUAUAUCUUCUGGUAAUGUGUCCUUCUUUGUUGCCAAUGGGAAUUGGGAUGAUCAGGUUUCGUGAUACCUGCGCUGAAGCCAAGGAGUUUUUUGAAGAAAGAAAUACUAUUUCGAAACACGGUUUUAAUUUAGCUUGUAAAAAGUUGCUUGAUGUGAACACUAAAGUGUGGCCGAUUAAAGUGAAGGGGGACCGAAGCAAAUCUGUAUUGUUCGAUGCUUGCCGGCUUGCAAAAUCAUUGAAAGACAUGAAGGAAACGAAAUGGGAAUUUGUGAGUAAAAUGUGGGUGGAGAAUCUAGGAUAUGCCGCUACUCACUGUAAUGGCCAUCGCCAUGCUCAGCAGCUCCGAAAAGGUGGAGAACUUCUCACUCAUGUCUGGCUUCUAAUGGCACAUCUGGGAAUCACUGAACAGUUCCAAAUAACUAAAGGCCAUGCUAGAGCUAAGUUGAUUGUGAAGUAGCUAGCUAAGAAGCCUGAAAAUGUUACUGGUAACAUGGGAUGUUUAGUGAGUGGAACCUACUUGAUUGGCACAAGGUUGCUUGAUCUCAUACAAUUAGGGUCUACACUGAAUUUACAUAAACUAGUUGAUUUCCUUUGCAUAGAAUGGCAUGUACUUUCCCAAAGAAUUCCCAAUGUCAUGUAACUUAGCCUUUUAUCUUGCAGCAGUUAUAGCAGCAUACUGGCGUAAUUUUAGAAUUAAUGGGUAAGAUGAAAUUUUUUAACA